UUGACGCACUUUAUUUGUACGAUAAGGUCUGAAUGCGCGAACUCCUUAUAAAAUCUGAAGCAUCGCGGGAGCGCAAAUCGCAAUAUUUUUAUUGUAAGGAGAAUAUUUGAGUUGUGCGGUUGAUUUGAUAAGUUGUUUUUAGUGUCAUUACAUAUUAGCUAUUUUUAAAAUGUCUGCAUCACCCAUGGCAAGACAAGCGGUGGAAAGUAAGGCGAUUCCUAUUAGGAGAGUGUUAAUUAAUGAUCAUUCCGAGUUACCUGCACAUUAUUCCUCUACCCCCGGUGGAACUUUGUUUUCAACUACACCUGGAGGUACAAAAAUAGUAUACGAAAAAUCGGUUCUUCUGAACCUAAGGAACUCCCCAAUUUCCAAAACACCCCCUCAGUUCGAGAUUCCAGACACCAUCUUAGGCGGCUCCGCUAAGAACGUAGUUAGAAAACAAAACCAUUCCAGGCCAUUACCUCCAAGUCCAAGAAAGUCACAGCCAGAAAUCAACAACCACAAUACCUCCGAGGACCAAUUUGACAUGGAACUUUAGUAUUAUCGACUAGUCAGGAAGUGGAAUAUGUUAAAAUUAUAAGAUUGCUGCGCAGGAAGUGGUUACUUGCAGGUUCCGUCACCAAAAACAACCAGAUUCCUACAGUGGCGUAACCAGGGGGGUUUUGGGGAUUAUAACCCCCCCAUUGGGAUUUACUUUGAGCUCUAUGCUUAACACCAUUAACAUGGUGUUAAGCAUAGAGUACCAGAUACCCUCCAGUAGUUGUAACCCCCCUUAGGAUCAUCCUGGUUACGCCAUUGAGAUACCCUCCAGUAGUUGUAACCACCCUUAGGAUCAUCCUGGUUACGCCAUUGAAUUUAUAGCUUUUUCCAUAUCCAAAAAAUAAAUCAUUGAUAAAAGAAAACGACAUAGCAAGCAAUUGUUGGAUUCGGUGAUUUAAAACAGGUCCACGUUUUAUUAAUUAUUACUUAACAAUAGUGAGAAGGAGUAAAAUACGAAGAAUAAUUCACAUUCAAAGAAGUAUUCCUGUGGGACAGCAAAUAUAUUAUGUAAAUCCGGUAAUGUUUCAAACAAUACCCAGUUCUCACCGUGACGUCAUCAUACCAAAUUUUGGUUGAUUUUUGGAUUCUAAACAAACCAAAUUGCGCAUUUUACAAACAUUGGGUAUAAUUUUUACUCAUUUUGUGAAUUUAUUUGGAAAUUAAUUAAUUGUAUUAAUUAGUCAAGACUUUUAUUAUACAAAUUGGACAUGUUUAGAAUUAGAAUGAAAAUGAUUGUGACGUCACUAAUGAGGCGCAUAUUGCGCAUAUUAUAAACUCCUUCUGAUUAUUAAAUGAUCUGUAGCUUUUUAAUUGUUUUUUAAUAAUAUACAAAUAAAUAUUUCAAUAUAUGUAUACUUAUAAAAAUAAAAAUUCCUUUAGUUCGUUUGGUAAUAACGAAAAAUGACGGUUCCUGUAUUGUUUAUAUCUAUAUCAUCUGUUUAGGAGACAUCAAUAUAUUGUAUUGAGGAAAGUAUUUGAUAAGUAAUGUUUUAAAUUACUUUUAAGGGAAUAACUACGCAGAAUAUUUAAGAUGAGCAAUUAUUCCUUGCAUUAUAAGCUGUAGGAACUCAUUUCUUGUGCCUCUAGGCAAAAGUGGCCAAAUGCAUAAGUUCAAUACUCAGUAUUUCCAGGAUUGCCUGAUUUGUGACUGUAUCCCUCUAUAACUCUCUGAGAACGCAUCUGUAGACCCACAUUUUAAAAGCCUCUACCUUUUAAGAGUUCCUUAUUGAGUGUCCAACUUUCGACACUGUUGGAAUAUUGAAAACUAAAACAUAACACCUAAUUAUUCUAAUUAUUGAAGUUAUACUUCUUUACGUGAAAUUUUAUAAUUCCCUGGCGCAUGCGUACACAGACAGUAUGUAGUUCGUUGCUAAUCUUUCAAGAUAGGUAUGUACACCUGGUUCCAAAAAAAACUGAUACGACUCUUGAAGCGUAUUUUGUAGAAAAUUGAGCAGUGUAUUUUGAAGGAUAAAUACUUAAUAUUUACAUACUGUCAAUGUCACUGCCAAAUCUUAAAAUUUGUCAGAUAUAUUAUUCUGUUCCACGGUUAUUAGACUUUAUUAUUAAUCUUUAUUAUUAAUAAUUUCUUCGCAACUGAGGGUAUCUUAUCAACUGUAUUGUUUUUAAACAAUAGAUGAUAAAAUAAAAAUAUUGACAUUUCAAAAAUGUGAACAUAUUGCAUUGUGUGUGGCCUAAGUUUGGGCUGAAAACUGAAAUGUAUUACAUUUUUACAAAAUUUUGGAAUAUGUUUAAUUACGUAGACCAAUUUUAAUAGUUGUUUUCAAUACAGAUUUCAAUCCUCUACAAAUAGUUUCUAAUGUCAUUUGAUGUCAAAUAAUUAGGGAAGCUGGAAUUCAACAGUUUAGAAUUUUACAUUGAGUUAAUGCAAAAUUGUGACGCAUGUCAAAAUUCUCAAUGUAUUUUAAUUGUAUUCAUUUUUUUUUCGAAUCCUGAGAAAACUAAUAAAUAUUUUUGAAACAUUUAAACUCAAAAUGAAAGACAUUAUUAUCGAGGGCUGAAAGUCCCUGAAAACUUCUAUAAUAUUUAUUUUAAUAAGUUACAGGGCUGAAUUGAAUAUUAAUUUGUUUUGUUGUAUAAUCCACGUUUACAAUAAUUAUGUGAUCUAUUUGAUGUAAAAACUAUCAUUUAUAUGUUCUUUAUAAAAUAUAGGAAUUCAAAAUAAUAUAAACAUUUAGACCUUAAUAAUUAGUACAAUUUAUGAAUUAACAUAAUAUGUAAUCAGUUGUUUGUUAUUUGUUGUUUGUUUAUUUUAUUAUUUGUCUGUCAUAAUAAAUAUAAUGUCAGAUCAAUCAAAUACACUGCUCAACAUGAUCGAAUCUUACUAAGAGUCGUAUCAGUUUUUUUAGGAACCGGCUGUAUAUAUCAGCGCAAAUAAGUCAUUAAAAGAAUAUAUUAGUGUUUUUAGUAAAUGUAUUAUUUAUUAUAAUUUUUGUGUCUUUGGAUUUGUCUUCCUCGGUAGUAAGAUAAUAAAAUAUCUAGGUAUAACAUUUUUAUACUUCACUUGAUCUAUUUGUCACCGUGUUGUGUAAUUAUAUCCGAAACGUCACUUCCAAGGGUCUCGAUAGCUUCGUGUGGCUUCGUUAGUAGAGCAUUGGACCAGGGAUCGAGAGGUCGCGGGUUCCAAUCCCGCAUGAUUCAUUUUUUUUUUAAUUUUUGGUUGUUUUAAUAAAAAAUUUUUAAAAGUGGUAGGUAAGAAAGUUAGUUUAAUAUUUAAAUAAAAUACAAUUAACCUGUUAAGUUUAUUAUUUAUUUCGUUGAAAUUAUAUAAUAGAAGUAUAACUUCUUACGUACGUACCAAGUACACACACAUUCUUUUUUAGUAUCGUAUAAAGAUACGCUGUUGUCAAACCGUUUUUUCAUUUUAACGAACUCCUUCUCUCUCUCUUGGAUUGGAUGACACUCUCUGCUAUCUUGCUGAUUGCUGGAAGUAAGCUAAUCUCUGGACUGCUGGCAGUAAGCCAAUAAGCUAAGUAAGCUAUUCUUGCGCUUUUAAAGGAUGUAAUCUAAAACAGUGUAUCUAUAAAAAAAAAGAAUGUGUGUGUACUUUGUACGCACGUAACAAGUUAUACUUCUAUUAUAUGAUUUCUUAAAAAUAAAUAUACUUUAAACAGUUUCUUUUAAUUUUUUUAAACACCAAACUAAUUUUGUGCUUACCGCUUUCAAACAAAUAAAAAAAAAAGUAUAGGAUUGCUCCGGACUCGAACUCAAGACCUCUCGAUCUCUGGCCGAAUGCUAUACCAAAUACGCUACGAGGACUGUGUCUGUAUCGGUUCGGACGUACCUAAUGACAAUUCACGGUAACAAACAGACUGGAAGGUGAAGUAUAAUAAAUAUACAAUAAAAUGUUUUAAUAAUACUUAUCUUACUCCUGAGGAAGACAAAUCCAAAGACACAAAAAUUAUAAUAAAUAUAUUUACUAACAAUACUAAUAUAGUACAACCUGCCACAUCCGAACCUGUCAUAUCCGGACCUCCCCAUAUCCGGACGGUUCUGCCGUCCAGAUCUACUGAAAUCUACCGAGAAAGGCAGUCCUGCUGUUAGACAACGCACCCUCUCAUCCCGAUCCAAAAGAACUAAAAGAUGGCGAAAUAAUGUAUUCUAGAAUCUAUAAAACGUGUCUAUCGACGAAAGUUACUGACGGCGUUGAUUACUGGAAUGUAUGAAGGAGGAAACGUUUCAGAGACUGUAAAAGAAGUAGUGGUCUUGAUAUCCGGAUUUUUUCAUAUCCGGAUCGGUCUGUCGCCACAUUGAUCCGGAUAUGGCAGGUUUUACUGUAUAUUCUUUUCACACCUUUUCUUUCACUGAUAUAUUGUAUUUAUACAUAACUUGAAAGAUUCAGCAACUAAACGCCAUACUGUCUAUGUGCGCAUCCGCGCAGUAUUAUGAAAUUUUACUCUCAAUCGCGCCUAAAGAAAUAUAACUUCAAAAAUAAAUGACAUAUUUUCAAUUUCAAAGAACAGCCUUGAUUAAAAAAAUAUGCUGAAUAUUAUGCGUAGUUUAUAUGACAUAAAUUGGUGAUCUAGUCUGCCAGUAUGGCCUCACACUGUAGCUUAAUCAUUCUACCACAUACCUAUAUUGAUCACAUAAAUCACCUAAAAUUUAUUCUGGUUGCACCAACAGAUCUUAAGCUUAAGACGUGCCUUUUUUUAGCUUACGAAACAUACGUGUUGAAAUAUUAAGUCUCAGAUCAAUUUUCAGCUUGCCACAACUGAUUGCCACGUGUAUUGCAUCUUAAAGAAUUGAAAAUUAUGGUGCAACGUAAGUGGGACUUAAAGCUCUAGCUUAAGUUUUGCUGGUGCAACCAGGCAUCAGAAACCUAGAAUUUUGGUUAUAUAUGGAUACAACUGUUUUAUUAUAAAGCCAAAGCAUCUGACGCUGUUGAAAGUAACUUAUAGAUGAGCUUCAUUUUGACCACAAAUAUCUGAAUAUCUGAUAAUAUAUGUGCUUCCUUUUAAUUUUGCUCUCCUUUUUUAUGUAAUCCCUUAAGAAAUGGUUAACGAUUAAUUUGACCAUAAUUUGGUAUCAAUUUCUUACUAUUAUGUAUGUAUAUACACUCACCGGCAAAAAAUUCCGCCACCCAAAAUUUUUGAUUAAGUUUGACAAUUUAUAACUUUAUUAUUUGUACUCCGAUUUUCAAGAUUCUUGCAUCAGUUUGUCGGUACAUAUAUUGAUGUCGUUUUUUAUUAUUCCAGUAACAAAAAUUUUUUGCUUAGAUGGCAUUAUACGGGGGUGAAUGAAAGCGUUGUAUUUUCUCUUAACUUUAAAUAAUUCUGUGGAAAAAUUUUGAUCGCUGAUUUUGUUUCAUACUCUUUUUGUAUUAUCCUGGAAGUAUCACUAAGGUUUUGUUUUUUGAAUUAUCUAAAUAUCUCUUUUCUUGUAAGAGCUGUAAAGAAAAACACAGCUUUGAAGGUUUUUUUGAUUAAAAAUAUCAAACUCACUAAAAUUAACAAAACAACACAAAAUUAACAACAAAACCAAACAAUUCAAUAGCGAGUAUGUCCUACCUCUUUGCAGCAACGACUGCUCGCGAUCUGUUUGGCAUCGAAUAAAUAUGUGUUAUUCUUGCCUCGGGAAUAGUCCGAUAUUCCUCUACCAGGGCCAUAACUGUACCAAAGUUUCUGGAGGCCCAGGAUGACGGCGAAUAGCUUUUUUUAAUUCAUCCCAUAAAUGCUCAAUAGGAUUGAGAUCUGGGCUGCAUGCGGGCCAUUCUAAUCUUAUCAAUCCAACCUCUAUUUUAUGAGUCAAUCAGUGUUUUUAUUUACACAAAAUGGCACAGCUCUCAUAAGAAGAGAGAUAUUCGGAUAAUUCAAAAAACAGAAUUUUAGUGAUGCCUCCGGGAUAAUAUGACAGGACUAUGAAACAAAACCCAUUUUUCCACAGAAUCUUUUUAAGUUAGGAGGAAAUACAACCCUUCCAUUCAUUCCCGUAUAAUGCAAUGCAAACAAAAUUUUUGUGUUACCGGAAUAAUACCAAACGAUCAGAGGCGUAGCUACCGCCGUAUCAGCCGUAUCAAUUAUACGGGGCCCCCGACAUUCAGGGGCCCCAAAGCGGCAUGUCGAAACGAAAUUCUAUUCAAACAAUUGAACAAAAUACUCUGCAAUUAUUUCACUAUUACAACGCUUUGAAACAGUGUACAUCUAUUGUUAGGAUAUCGACAUUUUCGUGUAAUGGAUUUUUUAUUAUAAACUAUAUUUAUGUACCUACUGUACAGGUACCUAUCUAUUUUCUGCCUCUUGCCGUUCUAUAACAACAGAGGUUUUUUGUUUCCAAGCUACUUCUUAUUGUCUAUUCACCGUUGGCUGUGUGAGACAUUGUAUAAUGUAUAAUGCGAAAUUGCAAUAUUUGUAAUCGCUUAAUCUUUGAUAAGUUGAAACAUUGAAACACUGUAUUGUUUGCGUAUAUUUUCGUGUAAUCUGUUCUUUAUCUAAUUGUAUUUAGGUAUAUAUCUAUUUGCCGGUCGCUCGCAAUUCUCAAUCUGUUUCUCGAGUCUCAAUUAAAAUCUGUUUUUCAACUUUGGAUUAUUAGAGUUUAUUAGAUUUAUUAUUAUUAUCUAUAUUUGAGUGUUAUACGCUGAACUUAUUAGUUCCUAAGGUUGUAUUAUGCAAUUUGCAAUUUAUUUAAAUUUUGCAAUAUACAGGGUGUUUCAUUAAUAAUUCGAAAUAAUUGAACUGUAGAUUCCUGGGCUCAAAAUAUGUAUUAAGAUUUAACCCAAAUCCACUAGUUUGAAAAUGCUUCUUACAGAAGCUAGAGCUUUUUGAAAAAAGCGUCUUGUAAUUAGUUUUUUUUAAUACCUCCAGAACGCUUCUAUUUAGAGAAACCAAAACUGGUACCCCUAUUUAUCUUCAUUUUUUAUCUUUACCUUUUAAGCCUUUUUGACACUGGAUUAUUAAAUUGUGAGGCAUUCUAGUAAUAAAAGGUACUCUUGCUUUAAGUCGGUAGGAUACACCGUUUUCUAGAAAUGUCGAUUUGAAAAUUGUGUGUUUUUUAAGGUGAGAAAAAUUUUCAAAAAAACUAUGAAAACAAAAAACGAAAACUGGUAUGUUUAUUCCAGAGACGAAUCGAUUGCAUCAAUUGCGAAUUUCUAGUACCGGUCAUAUGCGUUCGCUUUGAGUAGGUCAACGGUUAUUUUAUCGCAUUAUUUUUUGUAUCUUUAAUUUUGAAACAUUUUUGACACUAGAUUAUUAAAUUAUGAGGUAUUCUAGUACUAAAAGUUACUCUUUUUGGGUCGGUAAAAUACACCGUUUUUUUUGAAUUUUUUUUUAAAUUUUGAUCAAAUUCAAAAAACGAAAAAAUUUCAAAUCGAUUUUUCUAGAAAACGGUGUAUCCUACCGACUUAAAGAAUGAGUAAUUUUUAGUACUAGAAUACCACACAAUUUAAUAAUCUAGUGUAAAAAAUGCUAAAAAGUUAAAGACAAUAAAGGUAGGCGAUAAAAUAACCCAGGCUACCCAAAGAGGACGCAUAUGACCGGUAAUAGAAAUUCGCAAUUUAUGAAAUAGAUUCAUCUCUGGAAGAUAAAUAGCCGUACCAGUUUUAGUUUUUCUAAAUAGAUGUGUUCUAGAGGUAUUUCAAAAAAAAACUAAUUAAAAGACACCAUGUUCAAAGAGCUCUAGCUCCCUUAGGAAACCUUUUCGGGGGCGAUUUGUGUUAAACCGUAAUAUUUUGAGCCCAGGAAUCUAAUAAUAUUUCCAAUUAUUAAUUAAACACCCUGUAUUGUUUUGUUUUAUUUCAUUAUCUUUUAUUUUGUAAUAAUAAUGACGAUUUGUGUAAUUUCAGUAAACUGUAUUUGUUGUUGUUUUUUUUUCCUACUCUUUGUACCUACGCUUUGUCUAUAAAAUUGUAAAAUUUUCAGUGACAAUAAAGUAUGGUGUAUUCCACGAAUACACGACUGUUUUGGAUUAUCGGGACAACGAAUAUUUUACUGUGCAAUAUAAGAAGUACGAAAGUAUUUUGCUCUAAUAAUAACUCCAGUAAACAACAAUAUAAUUUGCAAUUUACUGUCGUUCUUCAUAUUUUGCACAGUAAAAUAUUCGUUGUCGCGAUAAUCCAAGAGGGUCGUAUAUUCGUGGAAUAGGUUAUAUAUUUCUAUUCUAUUCUAUACACGCGUUUUUGCUGCUUUUGUUGAACAUUUUUUGGCACUAUCCCAUAUCAGUCGUGGAAAAGGGCCCCGCGAUAAACUUUGAUAGGGGGCCCCUGUGGGGCUAGCUACGCCACUGCAAACGAUACUAAUACAUGUACCUACAACCUGGUGCAAGAAUCUUGAAAAUCGGAGUACAAAUAAUAAAGUUAUAAAUUAUCAAACUUAAUCAAAAAUUUUGGGUGGCGGAAUUUUGUGCCGGUGAGUGUAUUUUCCAGGCAAUAACUUAAGAUAAUAAAAACUGUAUAAGCAUGUUUAAAUUAACAUUUUCAUCACUGUAUUGCCAGUAUAAACAGUAGUAGCAACAUAUAAAUUCAAAAGUACCGAAAUUUCCAAAGUACUUCAGUUUUAUUGUGUUUUAUCACAUAUCACACUAGGUACUCUACGUUUUUAUGUUUUUAAUCUUGUUACCCGUAUCUAAUCUAUACCUACAUCUAAAAUACUUUUAUACACUAAUCCUUAAUCCAUUUAAGACUUCUUAAAUUAACCACUAUUUGUAAUAUUUCUCUCUCAGUGUACUUUCUAUGAACACUCAUCAUCAUCAUUAAUCAGCACCGAGUUGUCCAUUGUUGAACAUACGCCUCCUCCAGAUAUUUCGCCUGCGUAUCUACUUUUUAUGAAGAAGAAUUGUAACCAAAUUUUAUUUGGAAUAUUUUCAUUAUACAGAUAUAUAAUUAUCAAGUGUUUGGAUUCGUGACAUCAAAAGUGGACCUCCUAGUUUAAUUGUCUCAAUGACUAAACCUUCUUCCCUCGGUUCUGUAUUAUUUUUCAUAUCUUUGACGGCAUGUUGAAUUUACUCCCGUGAUAUAUCUUGUAUAUAUCCUCCGAUCCUGCAUUUUGUACUUUUUGUAUGGGCUGACAUAAACACUACAUUAUCAGUAUUUAUUAAACAAUAAAGGGAUGUCACGUUUUGAAACUUACAACUUAUUGUAAUCUAUGACAAUAUACUACGAGUAGACCAUUUGCGUACUUAUAGUAUUUGCGUAAUUUGGUCAAGGUUACAGAAACACUUUUUGUGAUAUUAGAUGAAAAAUACUCAAUUUUUUAUCUAAUCUUGACAACAUUGUCCCUAUUAUUAUUAAAAAUAAUUAGCAAUGUUGAAGACUUGAUUGUGUAAAAUUUUCAAGAACUAUAUUCACAUAAUUUUUAUAAAUUUUUAUUCCAAAGGUGAAUAAUUUUCGUAAGCAAUAACAUAAAACAAGUUAGGUGGAAUGGUUAAGCACGUGGUGUUAAACACUCAUUUUAAACGUUUUUUUUUUGUAUUUUAAUGAAAAAUGAUUGUUUCUAAUUUUAUAGAAACUUUUGUAAUAUAAUUUUCUUAAUUUA